AUGAAUCAACCCAUUACUCUUCUUUUCUCUUCUCAAUCCACCGAAGGAGAAAAGUCAAUUCCUGAAGAAGAUCAAGAUAAUGAUGUGAUGGUUUCCUUUUCUGAAAUUCAGUACGACCUAGAGGAUGAUAACAUUCCUGAUCAUAUGUUUAUGUCAAGAAAGAAGUUCAAGAUUUCAAAUCACAAACUGAGUUCAUUGUUACAAAUUCAGACUGAUACUGGGGGUCGAAAUAUUGUUUCUGGGAUCGAGGAGUCUUUUUCCCAGAUGUUCUGUCUGUUUAAAUCCAAUCUUCAAACUGACAUUGCUCCUCUCCUAAAACUUGUUAAUUUGAUGUCAACAGAUUCCCCCACCUGUUCGAAAAGUGGUGCAAGGGGAGAUAAGGGGGUUGGCUCAUCGAAGGAUCCUGAUCAAGGAAAGGUUGUUGGGAAGGUGAUAAGCACGUAA